UACAAAGCCUUAAAUAUGCAGUUGGCUUAUCGAAAUGCUUUUUCGAUACAUAUUCUUAUGUUUUUCUCAGUAUUUGAUUAGUUGUGAUUUAUAUUUGUCAUAAUCGCCUUUAAUGACGCGUUCGUUGUUCAAAAAUAGUCUAAAUGGUCCAAAAGAAAGAUUUCGCUCACGCUGAAAGAGCGCGAGUGGGCGGGGCUUGUUCAGCGCUGCGUGCGUGACGCGUCCGUGCGUGGCUCUGAGUGGGCGGGGCGCUGAGCUGGUAAACAGAUGCCAUGUUGGUUGCGCUGAGAUGAAGACGUGCGGAACAUUAUGGAGAGAGAUUUCUGCUCUUUAACAGAUUCUGAGGAGCUGCAGAGCUUCAUCUCACACUCGGACAGGACCAAGACGCUGUUCGAGGAGAUCCGCGCCUCCAUCAAUAAUAACGCGGAGGGCGAGCGCUCGUUCUGGCGGCCGGUUCUGCCGUGGGGCGGCGUGUUCCCCAUCAGAGCGGGACGCAAAGCCAUCGCCUGCACGCCGCUGUACGUCGAGAUCAACCUGAAGAACACCUGCACCAUCGACGGCUUCCUCAUGCUCCUCUACGUCAUCCUGAGAGACAACCACAGCUUCCCCAGAGAGCUGGGCCUGUUCCUGGGCAGGCGCUUCGUCCAGCACUUCCUCCACCUGAUGGACUGCUGCGAGUACACCACCGUCAAGAUGCUGUGGAUCUGGGACCGCAUGUCCAAGCGGCAGUACCGCUCCGAGAUCCACCACACGGCGCUGGAGAUCGACCUGUUCGGCAACGAGCACGAGAACUUCACCAAGAACCUGGAGAACCUGAUGUCCAGCAUGCAGGAGAGCUGGUGCUCCAGCUGGAGCUGCCCCAACCGCUUCCAGGAGCACCUGCGCCAGACCAUCAGCGUCAAUCCUCCUCAUGAGCUUCCAGAUAAGGAUCCCAUCCAGUCUGCGCUGGACGAGUUCUUCUGCCCGCGGCUGGAGCUCUGUGAAGAGCUGGAGUGUGAGGGUCUGAGAGAGUUCGGUCAGAGGUUCUUCUGUCACGGCCCGCCGCCCUUCGUCAUCCUCAACAUGCAGAUGUGGCAGUCGGAGGAUCUGUCGUACGUGCCGUAUCAUCUGGAUCUCUCCGAGCAGCGGUACUCACUGGAGGGAGCGACGCUCUUCAACAGAGACGAGCAUCAUUAUUCUGCGGCGUUCCAGAUCGACGGCUUCUGGAUGCAUUACGACGGCCUGCGCAGCGACAACCUGGUGCUUCUGAACAAACCGCCGGAGUUCCUGCUGCUGUCCUCGCUCGUCUACAUCAGGACCACAGAGCGAUGAACACACGCCAGUAUUCCCUUCGAGAACCAACCGAUGGACUUCUGAUGACACGGUUAUACUUUGUGCCUUCCAGUGAUGUUUUAUACUCCUCUGAAUGACUGACUUUUGUACUUUUGUAAGCGAUUCUCUGGUGUGUUUUCUGCUGCUUGGAAUCCAAGAGUCUGUGACGGUGGACUAUAAUAGUUCUGGGCGCUCCAAACUUCUUCAUUACACAGAAAACAGUGCACGCAGCUCAGAAAAAUCUGUCAUUCACACUGCAACAGAUAGAAAAAUCUCAUAUUUAUUAGAAUAUCAUCAGAAAUUGUUUUGCCAAACACACGCCAGUCCUGAAUUCACACUUGAUUGUGUUUAAUGAGGAUUUGGAUUCAUGCAUAAAUCUGAUGUCGUAGAACCUGCCUCCUACAGAAGGUCACUUGUUUUUAAUCAUCUUUAUUAUUGUUCGUUUACAGUCCUUCCUCUACUCUAGAUAGAUUAUGUUUUAGUGGAGGAUUUGUUUACUGAAGCAUGAAGACUAUCAACGGAACAUUACAAAUGUGGUAUGAAUCAAUGUGUAUUACUACUUUUAUAAUCAAUAUCACUAUAUAUAUAUAUAUCUGCUUCCACUGAAAAUAAAACUUUUUAUGUUUGUAACCAUGUGUUUGUGUGUUAAUGAGCUCGUUAAUUAUCCGGUGAAUGGGUGCCGUCAGAAUGAGAGUCUGAUAAAAACAUCACAAUAAUCCACAGCACGCCAGUCCAUCAGUUAACAUCUGGAGAAGACAAAAGCUGAAACAAAACUAAAAUAUGAGUUUAUAAUCUAUAAUAACGCUUCCUCCAGUGAAAAGUGUUCUGGUGUGAAUCAGGAGCGAAAUCUGCAGAUCAAGCAGCGUUUACAAGCCAAAACAGCUCUAAAGUAAAUCUUUAGUCUUCUCCAGAUGUUAACUGAUGGACUGGAGUGCUGUGGAUUAUUGUGAUGUUUUUAUCAGACUCUCAUUCUGACGGCACCCAUUCACUGCAGAGACACAUUUCUCCAAAUCUGAGGAAGAAACACACUCAUCCUGAUCUCGGAUGACCUGAAGGUGAGGAAACAUUCAGCACAUUUUCAUUUUCAAAUGAGCUAUUCUUUUUAACAUGAAGCAGAAACACGCCGGACUCAUUUCCAGGCCUUUAUUUCUUGACUGGUUGAGCUGCGACACAUAAAUAAACUGGCAGAAGUACGCUAUGCUCUCAACGCUUGAUAAAAUGUGAAAAAUAAAUACUGCGUUUGUAGCUAAGGUUAUCGGUUUAGUUCCAGUAACAAUCCACAGGUUUAUAAAAAUUCACUCUAUUUCAAACACAAGCCAGACGGACGGACAGAAAAAGAAAAUGUGGCAUCAUCAUCAUCAUCAUCAGGAAAAACGAUCAAAAAGUUUAAGACAGUGAGGAAGUCAUUCUGGACUGAUUCAGAUUCCCUCGUGAGACGAGCACUUUGGUGAGAGCGGCGAUUCAGACACGAACAAACACCCAACACCUUCGUUUUGCAGUUUGACGUUUUACACGUAUGGCCUUUAGGAUCCCGCAGGUAAAUCAAGCCAGCGUGAUUUCAUCUUCUCACCAUCAUCUGUGAGACCGACACGCUUCAGGAGAGAAAAAUCACACGCGGUCAUCUGCUGCAGACAUGACAGUGAUGGACAUUCAUGGAUGCGAGGAAAUAUUUCUUAUUGCUAAUCAAACACAGAUGCUUCUGAUGAGCAUUUGUUCCCUUUGUGCCUCUGGAUGAAGAUCUACACUGAACGUUCUGGACUGAGAGACAUCACGCUUUUAACGUCAAAUCAAUCCAAAACAGCAGAUCAGAUCCAACAUGAACAUCAAAAGUGUUGAAAUCCAGAAUAACGAGCAACACAAAGAAACGAAGCGACGAGAGCCAGUCAGGUCAGUCACAGGAUUCCCAAAACACCUUGGCAAUUAAUGACCAAAAUAAAAAACGAGUUGAAGAGAAAGUCUUAUUGCCUCAAAGGAACUCAAAGGUCAUAUUUACACAGUAGAAAAUGGUUUGGUAAGUGCAGAGCUUCAGUGUCUCCACAUGCAGAUGUGAACAGCGCACGCCAUCACACUCGACCGUGACAUGAUCUCGAGACGCUGCGUCUGUGUGUAGAUGAGCGCGUGGAUGAUUGGCACCAUGUGACCGGCGUCUGACGUCACUCACACCACACACGACUCAAACCAGCGACGUUAUUGCGUGAUGCUUCAUCUGAACGCCACAGGAACAGGAAAUCAAGAUUCACACCGUGAAAGAACUAAAACAACACAAUCCUGGAGAGGAAAUUAGCACCAGUCAGUAUGAGAGUGUGUUCACACACACACACACACACACACACACACACACGUGAAUCUCAGUAACCCUUCAGGAUCAAGUCCAGCUCACAUUUCAGAAACAGGUUUUUACAUUGUAACAUUUUUUUCCAUCACAAUCUUCCAGGCAAAUAUGGAGAAGGAAAAAUGAUAGAUUUGAAUUUCAUAAAUUUGAAUUUGAGAUGUGAUAUUUGACCGUUUAAAUAGUAGUAGUGUGUUUUUCAGUGCGUUUUAAACAGCACAUUUUAGUGUGACAUUAACUGGAAAUAUUUGUAAAAUUAAUAUAAAAAAUAAAUAAAAUAAAAAUCUCUCUUUCAGCAAAAUAUUUUGACUGGGAAAAAAAAAAAAAAAAGUUUUUGACCUGUGUAUUUUGACCUUUGCAAAAAAAAAAAAAAAAAAAAAAAAAGCAAAA